CUAACAUUGAUGAACCUGCAGAAGAAUGAUAGUGGACUCUAUGAAGCAGAAGUAUCUCAUAAUGAGAAAGCUACUAUUGCUAAGUACCAAUUAUAUGUGUUAGAUCCAGUGGAGGAUCCAGUUCUCAAUGUCUCACUCCAUCAAAGCAAUGGCACCUGUAAUGUGACUCUCACCUGUGAAGCUCAGAAUCUCUCAAUCACCCAUCUCUGCUACAAUGAUAAUUGUGAUAUGAAGAACGUAGAAACAUGUGGAAACAGCUCCCUUUCCAUCUUAUUGUAUGUCAGUAACAGCUUCAUCAUUUGUAAUCAUAGCAACCCAGUCAGCUGGAAACAUUAUACAUUGAAGAUGGAAAAGGUGAAACACCUCUGCCCUUCUAAAGAAGAUAACGAAAAGCUCAUGGAUUCUGAGACAAGUUGGACUGCCAUAAUCAUGAUCAUAAUCAUAAUCAUAAUCAUAGUCAUAAUCAUCGUAGUAUUAGUGGGUUGUGUCACACUCCUUUUCUAGAACAGGCAACGAACGACAACAGGUAACUACCUUUUUUAUCAUAAUUAUUGUAAUUAAUGUGGAUGAAUAGAGGGCAACACUAUUUAGGUGGUUCAUUUUUGAUUGCUUUGGUAUGCACUAACUGUCAAUUUUAUUGUCAGUGAACUAUCUCACUUAUGUCACCUAAAAAGUACCCUUAGAGGUAUCAAGUAGUAUUAUGAUUGUUUUAAUGACAAAAAACAUUAAUAACUGUUCAUUUUCUAUAAAAGCACAGCUCAGUAGUCCUGGCAGCUGGGAAAAUCAGAUUUGUAUAGAAUAAAAAAGAUAACAUAUAUGUGUUUUUUUUUAAUAGUAGCAGCAAACAUGCCAUUGUUAUUUACAAACGAAAAAGAUAUAUUAAUUGUUCUGACUGUUUAUGUAUGGAAUAAAAAAGGAUCUGGGUGGAGGUGAUGCAGUUACCCGUCAUGUAACUGUAGGCAAAUUAGAUGCAAGUGCAGAUUUAAAGUUUAAUGAAUCAAACAAAACAUAUAACAAGCACUAUGAACACGUGGCAGAGGUAUAAGCACUAAAGAACAACCAUGAGCAAUAACAAAAGACAAGAAAUCAUAACAUGACACAGAAAGACAAACGCAAGACAAACAGUGCUGUGCAGAAUGUGACUUAAAUACCAGUGCUAAUGAACCAAAACGUGAUGGGUAUCACGUCCAGUGCUAGUUCCAGCAUAUCCAUGUCAUUACCACCCUGUAUUUGAUUAUUUUCACAUAACAGCACAUCCCAAAUUGUGUUAUUUCACAUAUGUCAAUGUAAUUUUCCAAUAAUUAUUAUUUCUAAUUUUAAGGUACUAUAUUCCUUAUAUAAAAGGGUCUCCGUCCGGCCCGGCUCAUCAGUCUCCUGGCAUGACACCAGACUGGAUUGAGACCGUGUUGCGCGGAUUGUAUACAGUUCCAUAUUUAGAUUGUGUACACGGCUGGUCAGAAGCAUGCGUGCCGGAGCUCCAAAUCAUUAUUUUAAUUUUAUUUUGAAUUCCGUGUGUUUCCCUGUUUGGAAACUGAAUGAAAGUGUUUUGAGUUCCAUGAUGACGGUUAUCUAAAAUACAGAGCACGCAAGAGAGAGAGAGCGCGUGCGAGAGAUUUUUAUUUUUUCCCCUUUUUCUUCCCCUUUUUACAAUCUUUUAGUUAUCAAAUUUCACACUACACAUUAAAGUCAAGGUGACUCAAUAUAUAUAUAUGAGCGUAAACAUAUUUCUGUAAAAAUUAAAAUCAAUCAGUAUUUUUUUAUGUUAUCAGUCCGUAGAGAACUUUAAUAAUAGUUUAUGUGUUGUGUGUUGUGCCACAUAGUUUCUUCUGCACAGGCAUAUCGAUAUCUUUGCCUGACUAAUGAUAAAAUUGAUCAGCUGACAUGUGAACCUGUUCGUUUUGAGUGAUGUACUUAACAUAUUUAAUUUUUUUUAAAAAAACCUGAAAAGUAAAACAGACCCGAGGUUACAGUCUCUCCCCGUAUCAGGCUAGGUCACAUCCUCCCUGUUGAGAUAAUGUUGAGCCUAAACAUUUGGUUUUAGAGAGCACUCUACCUUCAUGAACUGACUCGCUAACAAGAGCUGGAAUAACCAUACCUAAUUUGUGUAUCGGUGAUUCCUAUACGGGUAUGUGUCUAUACAUUGUUAAGCAGUGUAAGUGUGAAUUCUUCUGGCGUGUGGUAUUCAUGUUGCAUAAUGAUGAAUAAGUUCUGCAUGUUUUCUCUUUAAAUGCUGGUUAUGUCCAGUGAUGAGUAGUUAGUAGGAUCAGAUGGCAGUAGUAGUCUGCACAUUUUAAACCCUCUGUAAGGUGUUGUACGCCUGUUACAGAUGUGAUAUCUGAGUCCGUAACAUUAGAAUAAGGUGGUGAUUACUUAAUGUGGAAUUCGGGUUUUGCAGGGAGUACGAGUAUCUGGAUUAGGCAGCCUUGCAUAAUGGUUCCUUUUGCCGACAUGUUGUGCUGAUAUGAGUUUUGGGAGUUUAAUUACAGUCCCUUUACAACAGUGUAGUUUGAAGUGAUUUGUUUCUCUUCUGAACCGUAGAUUGGUGAAUAGAAUAAAGUAGUUGUGUAAAUAUGCAAAUAUAUAUGUGUGGGUAUGUAUGUGUAUGUGUGUAUAUAUAUAUAUAUAUAUACAUACACAUAUAUGCUAUACGGUGUGCUAUGGAUAUGUCAUACAAAGUAUACGAGUUAGUAUAUGAGGUGCAAUAUUUAAAUGAUACAAAGCAAUGAUCACAAACUCAAGGAAUGGAGCAUAUACUGCACAAUCUGUGAAGUGAAUUGAUAAGUCAUUAUACGGUAGCUGUGACUGAGCUGAGAACUGGAUGCAGGUGUGUGUAAUCUGGGAGUUGCAGUCCAUGGCAGCCAGCCAUGUUUGUGGACCGCAGUGCAGGAUGGGAAAUGUGGUUUGUGACAUGAGUAGAUUUAACACUACCUUAAUAUGGUCAAAUACAGUUUAAAUGAAAUGAACACAUUUAUAGGACGAAUC